CAUAAAGAGAUGGAAAAGAAUUGUUGUCUAUUCUAUUCUUCAUAAUGAAGGGAAAGAAUAUACAUUUACCUAAGCGUUGAGUUUUGAAGCUGUUUUGCUCCAUGAAAAUGCAACGUAUCCAUGGCGUAGCUAGCAGGUGCAUAUAUAAACUAUCUUCAUUCUUUUUACUAUUUCAAACUCAACAAAUCGCGAGAAACAGAAACGACGAUUUACAAAAGAAUAUGGCUCAUUUCAUCUACAGUCGGGCCGAAAAUAUCUUGAACAAGCUAAAAGAUUGCCCAAUCGACCUAAGAAGAAUGGAGUAUACCAUGUUGAGCCUAAAAGCAAUUCUUUUGGAUGCUGAAGAGAAGCAAGAACAGAAUCAUGGUCUACGUAAUUGGCUAAAGGAGCUUCAAGAUGUAUUUUACCAAACUGAGGACUCCAUCGAUGAACUCAAAUGGGAACAAGAGGGCAUUGGAAGAAAGGUACGUGCCCGUUUCUCGUGCUCUGAUAAAACUGCUGCACAUAAAAAAACUAAUCCGACUAGUAAGAUGAAGAAACUAUGCGACCAUUUGGAUGAAAUCGCAUCCAAAAUGUAUGAAUUUCAUCUCACAGAAGAGCAUACUUCUUCCAUAAGAAUGGAGACAGCACACUCCUUCCUUAGUGCUACAGAAGUUUCAACAAGACACAUGAGACCAAGUUGGCAAUUGUUUUACCCCUUGACUGAUGCUCCAAACUCGUAUUGUAACAGCCGAUAUGUUGAGCUUCUGAAUGAUUUCAUACAUUCUAAGCAACAGUUCUUCCACAUAGUUGGAGAGGCAGGUAUAGGCAAGAGCACACUUGCCAAAUUCUUUUACAGCCAUCAUGACGUAUGCAGUAGUUUUACUUCAAGAUCCUGGGUUUGUGUGAAAGACGGCUAUAAUACAAAGAGAUUGCUGAAAGAGGUAUACAGUUUUCAAGAUGAUAAAGAAGUUCGUGAUGACUUUACUAAGAAACAAUUGCUGUUAAAGGUUCAACGAUUUCUGAGAGGGCAAACUUUUCUGGUUGUUUUUCAAGACCUUUCAAGCAAGAACUUAGAAGAUGAUCGUUCCAUGUUAAAAAAUUUAUUGGAAUUGGGAAACUAUGGCAGCAAAAUCAUAGUGACCACACAGAAUGAGGAAAUUGCAGAUGAUUUAAAACUGAAAAAAGUCUACAAGACAAAGAAACUCUCAGAGCAAAAUCAGGUGAACACUAUUAUACAUCAAGCAAUUAACAUAGUUGAGGGGCUGUCAGAGCAAAAUCAGGUGAACACUAUAGAACAUCAAGCAAUUAUCAUAGUUGAGGGGCUGUCAGAGCAAAAUUCAUUUUCUUUAUUCAAAGAUUAUGCUUUUAGAGACACCAAGGAAGCACAAAAUCUAGAACUCAUAGCAAAGCAAAUUGUGGAGAAAUGUAAAAGAUUUCCUUUGGCAAUAAAGUGUGUGGGGAGCCUGCUAUCCUCAAAAAAUAGAAUAGCUGAGUGGAAUGAAGUCAACAACAAGCUAUGUGCACAAGAAGAAGAGGAUGGCAGUAUUUUACCUAUACUCAGAGUAUGCUAUAAUCUAAUGCCCUCUUACCUGAAACCUUGCUUUCUUCUUUAUUCUCAAUUACCCGACGAUCGCAUAUUGUCCUCAAAUGAUGUGAUUCAGUUGUGGAUGGCACAUGGACUCCUUCAUUCACCUAAAGAGAAUAGCUUAUCUUUGGAAAAUACAGGUGAGAAGUACUUCAUGGAACUAUGGUCAAGAUGUUUCGUUCAAGAAAUGGAGGAACAUGGUCUUGGCUGCUGGUUUAAACUUCACCCUCUCAUUCGAAAACUCGCACAUGUACUUACACGAGAACAAACCGAGGGCUUGGUAGGCACCAAACCAGACACAGAAAUAAGAUCUAUAGCCUUCCGAGUAAGAGAUAAGGUGAAACCUAGUGUAUUCCUAGCCAACAAAUGCAUCUCAAUGUUCAAAUGCUUAAGACUACUGUAUUUAGGCAAUGCAGAUCUACAGGAAAUUCCAAAUGCUAUAGGAACAUUGAAGUACCUGAGAUACCUGGACUUGCAGGGGAAUGAGAGAAUCAAGCAGCUGCCGAAUUCAAUCUGUAAACUGCAAAGCUUGCAGACCUUGAUACUCGAUUCUUGUUCAUCACUUGUAGAAUUGCCCAAUGAUAUAGCGAAUUUGAUCAGCCUCAGAUACCUGUGGGUAACAUCAAACAAACUCCGUUUGCACAAAAAUGGAGUUGGGACCAUGACUUCUCUGCGAUUUCUCGCCAUUGGAGGGUGCGAUAACCUACAAAUCCUGUUCGAACGGCCGGAUUGCCUCGCGGGCCUUGAAACCCUAAUGAUCUACAAUUGUAAUGCUCUGAAAUCGUUGCCAAACGAGAUGAGGUAUCUGAAGUCGCUACAGAAUCUGGUGAUCUGGGGUUGCAAACAGCUGAAACUGACCUUAAAGGAAGUGGAAUUCAAGCUCCAAAGAUUCACAAUCAGAGAGCUCCCAAAAGUGGAGGAAUUGCCCCAAUGGCUGCAGGGAUCGAGCGAAACUCUGAGAUUCCAGUAUGUGAAUUUGGUACUGCCCGGAGAGGCAGUCAAUCUCGAAAUGCGUAGAAGAAAUUACUAUUGAUGUAAUUCCAUUUGAUGUAUAAUCUUCAUCGCUUCCGUUCAAUUAUGUCGCAAUCCGGAAGUGUAACCCCUCAUGAUUCCAUUUCGUGUUCUGUUUGAUGCUAAUAUUUGAAGCUGGAGAUGAUUAUGGAGAAAUCGACAGAAAUUACAUGAAAUAGUUUCCUAUUCAAAUGAUGGAUUCUUUUCUUUAAUAAUGAUUCCUUUAAACUUGCUUCCCUGGUUGCAUCC